UUUCUAUUGACUCGUGUGAUACCGUUUUCGUCAAUUUUGUUAAAACGUGAUACAUCUGUCUCUCUGGAAUCUUCUGUGUUGAGUGGCCUGAGUUGAUCUCUCCGAGUCGCAGCUAUGAGCGACGAUUUUGAGUUCUCUGAUAAGGUUCCUCCUUCAUUCGAGCGGAUGACUGCUGAAACCAAAGGCUUCAACCCGGGGUUGACUGUGCUGCUGGUUGUUGGGGGCCUUCUACUCGCAUUCUUUGUGGGGAAUUACAUCAUGUAUUUGCAAGCGCAGAAAAUCCUACCUCUGAGAAAGAAGAAGCCAAUCUCUAAGAAGAAGAUGAAGAGGGAGAAACUGAAGCAAGGUGUAUCAGCACCAGGGGAGUAGAAAUACAAACCUUGUGUUUCUCUGCUUCUUCACUGUUUUCUGUUCAUGUUUGAACUCUACAGAGUCGUUCUUGUCGUCUCUCAUGUUCAAUUUGUACUGGCUAGAACAUUAGUCUCAUAAGUAGAAGUGAAAUCCCAUACUAAGGCAGAAAGUACAAUGCAGUUUGUUUCCCGGCAUUUGCACAUUGUUGGCUUAUCUU